AUGCCUCCACCAUCAACACCAGCACCGUCUCGAUUCCUGCUCUCCAAGCGACCAGGAACCGACGAAGGCGGGUCGACGCCUUCACAAACGCAGCCCCGCCAAUUCAUUUCGACUCCCCGCUUCGCUGCGCCAUCGCAAUCCACCACACCGAUUGUGCCUGGAAACAGGCGCCCAUUCGUGUCUUCAUCUAUCAAAGCCGCGAAACCACCUGCUGAUGAGAUUGAUGUCCUCGACAGCUCUCCAUUGCUAGAAGGCGAGGAUGAACCCGACAACAUACAUACCGGGCAGCCAUCGAAACCCUUGAGAAGGAGUGGUCUACAAAAACAUGACAGCAUCGUUGAAAAUUCGCCAUCGCCAUCACCAAGCAUCGAUUCCGAUAACGGCAUUUAUGAAGCAGACCAGCAUGGCUACCAGGAAACUCCACCGGCACCAAAACGGCGCCGUAUCACAGUCUCGCCCGCGUCCAUUGAGCACGUGAGCAGCUCUUCACGAGCGCUUUCAGAGGUUGAGAACCACCACAAUGAGGAUUAUGAGAUGUCUCACAUUCCCGACAGAGAGCCAGAUGGAAUCUCCCAGUCUGAAGCAGCUUCAUCAUUUGAACGGCCCGAAGAUAAAGGCUCUGGACACAACCUAGACGAACAAACCGCCAAUGAUGAUGAUGUCGUUGAUUCCACGCAUGAGAGCGCGGCUUCUGACGACGUGGAGAUGAGUUUUGAAGCCAGAUUUGAACGAUCACAACAGCAACGAGAUCGACAUCCCAAGUUUCGAGAGGCGCCUCGUUUCGUUACCACAGAACCGUCAGAGCAGCGACAGUUCUUUCUCCCAGAUGCGUUCUCCCCACAGCGUCGUGGUGCGAGAUAUAUGGCUGGCGGCCUAGCAGCAGAGGUCCGCGACUGGCUGUUCCAGGUCAAGAGCGAUGGGAAAGAGCCGCGCUACAACCACGACUCUGACCAACCGCUUCCCGUCACUCCUGCAGCCGAGUACCUAGCUAAUGAAGUCUCGGCCGGCCCUGGCAUGCAAAUGCUGACGGCAAGGCCUGCUUGGUCUACAGAGACCGAUGACCCAUCUCGAAACGACGCAAAAGACACUGAGCAGACGCUGCACACUGUCAAACUCAUUCUAGCUGGGGACGGGCGUAUUUCUGGGCUUGGAGUUAAAAACACCGUCAGGCAGAAUACAGUUGUCGUCAUUCACCCACCGACAUGGGAAAUAAACCUGCAAGAUCAUGGCAUUUGGACUAUGGUCUGCGACUGGAGCAUCGCCGACGAAAUUAUACCAGGACUACCCCAAGCCCGUCAUUGA